AAACAAACUCUGUAAUCAACUUCACCUUUCUUCUUCGCAUUCAUAAAUCAAAACCCCAUUUUCUUAUCCAUUAAGAUCAUCAAAUCCGCCUUCACAGACCAGCCAUGGUGGCCUUCUCAAAGCCAGCAGCCGAGCAAAAGUUCGCCGCCGUCAAGACCGGAAAUGCACCCACUCUGCUUUUCCCUGUCAUUGACCUCUCCAAGCCCGACUCCAAACACCUCCUGGUGAAAGCCUGCGAGGAGUUCGGAUUCUUUAAGGUCAUCAACCAUGGGAUUCCCACUGAAUUCACCGCCAAGCUCGAAUCAGAGGCCCUCAAGUUCUUCUCCUCUCCCCUGUCGGAGAAGCUGAAAGUGGGUCCCCCGAACCCAUUCGGAUAUGGCAACAAGAACGUCGGAACCUGCGGCGAUGUCGGCUGGGUCGAAUACAUUCUCUUGUCUCCCCAUCACUCGGAAGCUGAUUUCCAGAAGUUCUCCUCCAUCACCGGCCUCUCCCCGGAAAAGCUCAGAAGUGCUGUGAAUGAAUAUGCGGGGGCGGUGAAGAGAAUGGCGUGUGAGAUUCUGGAACUUUUAGCGGAUGGAUUGAUGAUCAAGGAGAGGAAUGCUUUCAGCAAGAUGAUAAUGGAUGAAGAGAGCGACUCUGUUUUCCGGCUGAACCACUACCCGCCGUGCCCGGAGGUGGGGCAGAACCAGAUUGGGUUCGGCGAGCACACCGACCCGCAGAUCAUCUCCGUCCUGAGAUCGAACAACACUUCCGGGCUGCAAAUCGCGCUCCGGGACGGCAGCUGGGUGUCUGUCCCACCGGACCAACAUUCCUUCUUCGUCAACGUCGGAGAUUCUCUCCAGGUUUUGACAAACGGGCGAUUGAAGAGCGUGAGACACCGGGUACUAUCGAACACGAACAAGUCGAGGCUGUCGAUGAUAUACUUCGGAGGACCGCCAUUGAAGGAGAAGAUAGUCCCAUUGCCGUCAUUAAUGGAAGCAGAGCAGGAUAGUUUGUACAAAGAGUUUACAUGGUUAGAGUACAAGACGUCAGCGUUCAGCUCUAGGCUGGCUGUGAACAGGCUGGUCGGGUUCCAGAAAAUUGCAGCUUCAUAAUCAGCAGUGUAAAAUCACUUUGAUUUUUUGUGCACAUUUUUGCUGUAUUGGUGUAUCCUGUAAAUCAGUCAGUCCCACUGUGUUAGUCCGUAUCAGGAAACGUGGGUUGUCAACGUACUUAGAUUCUCGAUUUCGUACGUGUACUAUAUGGAAAUGGAAAUGAUGAAAUUUUUAUUUUUCAUUCCAUUCUACGCUUGGCAAAUUUCAUUUCAUCACGCGGUGAAAAGUGCCAUAUUUGGGAAUGUGUGGGAAUAUCAAAGAUUCAAAGUUGGAACAUAGUGACGCACUCGAGAUUCAAGAUGGCACAUUAUCACCUACCUUCUCCACUUCUAUUCAUUCUAAUACGACUACUCGAGUAGUACAUUUCAACAACAAAUGUUGGUUUACAAAAUUUAUACGUAAUCGUUUGUGUGUUGUGUAUACAGACAUUGCUCUAAUAGUUUAUCUAAUUUAGGACUCUUUGUAUUUUGGUAACUCAUAAAUAAAAUAUACUCCCUCC